AUCAUUUCUAUUAUCACCUCACCAUUCCUCUCUCGGUAUAUGUUCAAUCAAAUUCCAACCCAAAGUACUGCUCAACUUUCUUAAUUUCCAACAAGUUUUCUUUUAAUUUCCCUGUUUUUGCAUCAAUUAAAUAUCUCAUUACUCCAGUACAGACUACAGAGGUUUUAGCCAUGGCGUCCCUUAACCCAAGUGGGUAUGAAAAGUUCGGUUCACCACCGAAGCAAGGCAAAGAAGCAGCCACAACUGGGAUUCCACUUAGCUCCUCAAACCAAUACUUCAACGAGAGUUGUGAGACCAAUACCCGUCUUCAGACUAAAACUCGAGUCCCUUGGUCUUCAGGGCUCUGCGACUGCUUCUCUGAUUGGAGAAACUGUUGCAUCACAUGUUGGUGCCCUUGCGUAACUUUUGGCCAGAUUGCCGAGAUAGUAGAUAAAGGAUCAUCCUCAUGUGGAGUGAAUGGAGCACUUUACACGCUCAUAGCAUGUGUGACAGGCUGUGCAUGUUGCUACUCCUGUUUUUACCGAUCCAAAAUGGGGCAACAGUACAUGCUGAAGAAACACCCUUGCGGGGAUUGCCUCGUCCAUUGCUGCUGCGAGUACUGCGCCUUGUGCCAAGAGUAUCGCGAGCUUAAAACCCGUGGCUACGACUUAUCCAUAGGAUGGCAUGGAAAUAUGGAAAAGCGGAGUCGUGAAGUGGCAAUGACGCCAAUCCCACCAGUGGUGGAAGAUGGCAUGAGCCGAUGAAGAAGACGGACAGAGACCCAAAUGGAAUAUCUCCUUGGUUAAAGUAGCAGUAAUAAACUAUCUAAGUGCCCGCCAUAAAUAAGUGUUACUUGUCAUAUUUAUCUUGGAUUUCUAUUGUCACUGCUCUUUCAGUGUUGGCGUUGCAUAAAUCAGAUUAUGUAUAAAGAAAAUUUAUAUUAAUUAAUUAAUACAAGGUUGUGUUGAAUUUCGCCUCUGUACUAUUA